CACAGAUUGGUUGAUUGACUUGUGUUUAGCUACAGACAAUCGGUAUUCGGAGCUUGUGCAAUUGCGUGUGCAAUGGUGUUUUGGAGGGUUGUCCUUGUUUCCCGUAUAUUCUGUUUAAAACCAUAACAACAAGGCUAAGUGGCUUGCAAAGAAUCCAGGACAUGUAGCCAACUAACCAAUUGGUCUGCGUGGCUACAACUGGGUGCAACAGUAUCGAUGUAUUUGAACGUCUGGCUGCCAAUAACUGGCGGGGUACUCACGACAACAUCCCAUCAAAAGGUUCCUUAAAACAUAUUCAACACAUUUUGGAAAGGUAUUAAAAAAAACUCAUCUAAGACCGUCUGGACUGUCUGAUCUGCCUGAAAUAAGAAGUAAGAUCACACCAGCCUGAAGAGAUGAGCGCCAAGCCAGAAGAAGAAGCUGAUUGGUUAAUUCAUGGGGUGCGUUUUGUUAUCCCAGUCACUCUUAUAUUGGCAAGUGGUGAUGAUGAUGAUGAUGCUGAUGAAGAUAAAACCUUCCCCGUUAUCAAAAAGGAAGGAAGGGGUAGAGCGCAAAAGCCACGAGAGAAGCGGCGGAGGUCCAGAGUGGACAGGAAGGAUCCUGGCGAUGGCGGCGGCGGCGUUGCCGUGGCGACGUGUGAAGACGUCAAAGACCAUUGGCUGAACGGCGGCGUCGAUGAGUCACGCAGGAAGACCGCGUCCUCUCGGCCGUCUCCCGGGCGCGGCCGGCGACGGUAUCCUAGCAAUCGGUCGCCGCGCGCCGCAGACGAGGGAGGAGUCUGUCCGAAGCUCAGCCCCGGCCCCAAGCGCUCGCCCGUGAAGCUGGAAAACCGCUCCGUGAAACCGGAGCGUCGCCGGGACGGCCCGGGGGGGCAGGAGUACGCCUGCGAGGAGUGCCGCUAUUCCACCAACAGCUCGUACAACCUGGCGUGCCACGCCCGCACGCACACGGGCGAGCGGCCCUACGGCUGCGACAAGUGCGCCCUGCGCUUCCGGACCCGCAGCGGCCUGAACCGCCACGCCCUGGCGCAGUGCUGCGGCAAGCCACCGGGGGGCGCCAGACGGCCCGCUCCCCGGCCCAAGCCCGCGCCCGCGCCCAGGGUCCUGGAGUGCGCGGACUGCCACUACUCCACGCCGCACGCCUACAACCUGAAGGUGCACCUGCGCGUGCACUCUGACGAGAGGCCGUACAGGUGUGCGCAGUGCGAUUCGGCCUUCCGCACCCAGAGCCACCUGUACCGGCACCACAGGUGCCACCGCCACCCGGCCGACUGACCUGCCGGGGCCCGCAAGCCUGGGUCCUGGACCUGCCGGGGCCCGCAAGCCUGGGUCCUGGAGACCCGCUGGGUGUGCUGGUGGUUGUGUUCACAUUAAAAAUCAACUGCAACCGAUUCCCAACAAACUAUUUUUUUUCUUCUUCUUGCUCUUUAUCUACUCCUAGCUCCACCCAUCAGGAGUGCCUGAGAAAAGUAGCAAGAAAAAUAAAUGAAGACGGGGAAGUUGAGAAAACGUGAAUUAGUUUGAAGUCAUGCCAGUUACAGACAUGGCAGAUGUGUGUGAUUGGAAUGAAUCCAGGGAUAGGUAAGUUAGCAAUGUGACCAACUGAUUUUUCUGAUCAGUUAAGUGCUGAGCAACAAUGGAAGCCAGCACACCCUUCAGCUCUCCAGGACCAGGAGUGAGGACCCCAGCACACCCUGUGGCUCUCCAGGACCAGGAGUGAGGACCCCAGCACACCCUGUGGCUCUCCAGGACCAGGAGUGAGGACCCCAGCACACCCUGCAGCUCUCCAGGACCAGGAGUGAGGACCCCAGCACACCCUGCAACUCUCCAGGACCAUGCUUUCCGACCCCUGUGCUAACCUGUUAGCAGGACAUUGGAGCUACAGCAGUAGCAGAGCACAGAGGCCGCACAGCUGACCGGCCGGCUAUUCACUGCCACUCUAUGGCUGUGUCCCAGUACCGAAAAAAAGUGUCCUCCUUUCCUCUGCCAUAGUUCCGGAAAGGAGGAUACAUUUUUUGCGGGUACUGUGACUCCCCUAGGUGUUCUACAGCCACUCUGCGGCCACGUUCUAAUCAGCUUCCUUGCCUACUACUGAGUAUGCAAAUACGACUUCUAUACUCAGUAGUAGACAAGUAAGCCAUUUGAAACAAUGCCUAUGUGUUUUCCAGUUAGCUGCAUUUGAAUGAUGGUUUUAUUAUACCUCAGUCAACAUUACAGGGCCGGUGUGGGUAAACAGUUUAGUUUUAGACCAGCACUACCACACCUGGUUCUGUUAUUAACUGACCACUUGAUUAAAUGUACUAUUAAUUUACUAAGUAAUUUACGAUUAAUUUAGCUGAAUCACCUGCACCCGUACCGGCCCUUUUUCGUAUAAGACUGGAUACUCCUGCUCCACAGAGACGUGACGUGCCGAUCAAUUGUGGAAUGAGGCGUUUAUGUCCUGGAGGGCCACGGUCUCUGGUUUUUGUUGGACAAACAAUGUAGACCAUGGAAACAAGGUGUUUCGGAUUCGUCAGCCAAUCAAUGACUUAAAUGAAAGAACAGGAACACCCCAAAAACCAGCAGACACAGCACCGCUCCAGGAUCUGAGGUUCAGAUUUCUGGUUUAAUUAAGUUCUGAAAUCACAAACCGUGUAAUUGUGCCAGGUUUUGGUUUUUUGUAUUUACGUCGUAUCUAACGUUGUUACAGAAAGCUCUAGGAGCCGUAAAUAAACUGUUAUGCUUUCGUCAAAGGGUGCAGUUCAGCCCCCUCCCCCUAUUAAUCAGGUAUGUUGGCUCUAAGACAUUUUUGGAAAUUUCCCAAUCCCUCCACAAUGUUUGGGAAGUCUUUCUGUUGUGUGUUCAGAUAGGAGCCCCACUCCCAAAUCAGUUAGGCACCUCAUUGGACACACAGAUCAAUCUUAAUGCUCGGCUGAAGUUUGAGAUGAUGAGUGCAUGUUUUGCGACCAAUUAAAAACAACAGAAUGAUCUGAUCACCUGAUCACCGUGGGAACUUUUUUUUUUGACCAG